UAGCGUUAUUUGCUCUCCACCCCGACAACCCUUCCUCCCCUCCCUUCCCUUCCCGUCUGUGUUCCUCUCUCUCUCUCUCUGUGUGAGGCACAUGAAAUUCGGAGGCGAUCUCCUCCCGAAACCCCGACCACAGCAGUCAUCGAAGCGAGCAGCGAGACCCCCUCCCCACACAACAUGGCUACAAUUGUAACCUCGACCAGGUUUACCGACGAGUAUCAGCUUUACGAAGAGCUGGGAAAGGGUGCCUUCUCUGUGGUCCGUAGAUGUGUAAAGAAAGCCUCAGGACAGGAAUAUGCUGCUAAAAUUAUCAACACAAAAAAACUAUCAGCAAGAGAUCAUCAAAAAUUGGAGCGCGAGGCCCGAAUCUGUCGUCUCCUCAACCACGCCAAUAUUGUUCGCCUCCAUGACAGCAUAGCAGAAGAAGGCUUCCAUUACCUCAUCUUUGACCUUGUAACUGGUGGCGAGCUGUUUGAAGACAUCGUUGCCAGAGAGUAUUACAGUGAAGCUGAUGCGAGUCAGUGCAUCAGUCAGAUCCUGGAAAGCGUCAGCCACAUUCACCAGCAUGACAUCGUACACAGAGACCUCAAGCCUGAGAAUCUCCUGCUGGCCAGUAAGAUGAAGGGGGCGGCGGUGAAGCUGGCAGACUUCGGUCUGGCCAUCGAGGUGCAGGGAGACCAGCAGGCUUGGUUUGGGUUUGCUGGCACCCCUGGCUACCUCUCCCCUGAGGUCCUGCGGAAAGACCCCUACGGCAAGCCAGUGGACAUCUGGGCCUGUGGUGUGAUUCUGUACAUCCUGCUGGUGGGUUAUCCUCCUUUCUGGGAUGAGGACCAGCACAAACUCUACCAGCAGAUUAAAGCUGGAGCUUACGACUUUCCCUCCCCUGAGUGGGACACAGUGACGCCCGAGGCCAAGAACCUCAUCAACCAGAUGCUGACCAUCAACCCCGCCAAGAGGAUCACGGCCGAGGGAGCCCUCAAGCACCCCUGGAUCUGCCAACGCUCCACAGUGGCCUCCAUGAUGCAUCGCCAGGAGACUGUGGAAUGCCUGCGCAAGUUCAACGCCAGACGGAAGCUCAAGGGUGCCAUCCUAACCACCAUGCUGGUUUCCAGAAACUUCUCAGUGGGUCGGCAGCAUACCAGCCCUGCUGCUGCCACCACCAGCACUGCCGCGCUCGCACAGGAAGCUUGCAGGAGUUUGCUCAAUAAGAAAGCAGAUGGCGUGAAGCCCCAGACAAACAACACUAAAAACAGUGUAGUGAGUGGCAACAAAGACAGCAACUCCUCUGCACCGAUGGAGCCACAGACUACGGUGGUGCACAACCCCAUUGAUGGGAUCCUCGAGAGCUGCAACACCAAUGAGGAGGAGGAUAUGAAAGCUCGCAAGCAGGAGAUUAUCAAGAUCACAGAGCAGCUGAUAGAAGCUAUGAACAAUGGGGACUUUGAGGCUUACACGAGAAUCUGUGACCCUGGGUUGACCUCCUUUGAGCCGGAGGCCCUUGGGAAUCUGGUGGAGGGAAUGGACUUCCACAAGUUCUACUUUGAGAACUUGCUGAGCAAGAACAAUAAACCGGUGCACACCACUAUCCUGAACCCACACGUGCACCUGAUUGGCGAGGACGCGGCGUGCAUCGCCUACAUCCGCCUGACGCAGUACAUGGACGGGCAGGGCCGCCCGCGCUCAUGCCAGUCCGAGGAGACGCGCGUCUGGCACCGCCGCGACGCCAAGUGGCUCAACGUGCACUUCCACUGCUCUGGAGCGCCCGCCGCGCCGCUACAGUGAGCUACGCGCGGGGAAACAUGGCUCACCUGGAUUGUCCAGGCUGUUGACGAGUCUUCUUUUGUGGCCGAACGGGGCACGCUGCGGCCGGCUGUCCAAGAGAAGGGGGGGGGGGGUUUGGGGGGUAGGGGUUGGGUUUGGGGGGGGCAGCGGCACCACCGGAUCUCCUCUUCCUUCCCGCCUCCCCAAGAAGUUUCCAGAAACACCUGACCAACAUCCAGUCAAACUGUCCACCACCUUGAGCAGCCCCCUUUGUCUGCGCUGCGGCUAGGCCCCGGGGACGGUGCAUGCAUCUCACGCCCACUAGGGGGCGAUGUCUUGUUAUUACUUUUACUCCCCACUUACCCCAGCCAGUGGAACCAUCUUACUUUUUAAUGCCGUCAUAAAAACUAAAAAAAAAAAAUGAUAAAAAGAUGUUCAGAAAGGUGUUUGUAAGUUAAAAACAAUGUUUGAGUUCAGUAUACAUAUAUAAAUAUUGUACAUUUUACUAGAUGUAAGACAAGCUACAGAAAGUCAGUAAGGGUGUGGUGAGAAAAGAGCAGAGUUUUGCGUGGUUACGGAACCAGGGUUCACUUUGAUGGGGGGGAAAAAAUUCAUUUCACAAAAUGGAAAACAGGAGUUGGCACCGCUGUUUAAUGUGCGCUUGUUAAGGAACCACUGGACUCCUAAAGUUUUCCGAUUUGGAGAAACAAAUUUUCUGAGCGGAUCUAGAAAGUUGAGAGAUAUAUGAAGUGAAGGCGGUCUGAAGCAGAUUUUGUGUUUUUCCUUUUAUUCCCGUUUUUUUCUUUUCUUUUCUUUGUUUUUAGGACUUACUAAAAGUACAUACUUAAUAUCAAAACAGAAAAAAAAAAUCAGAAAAGCACCAAAGUAUAGUCUGUAGGAUUUCAGUGUGCAUUUUUGUUUGUGGCGUGUCUGAGUGAGUGUGUAUGUUUUGUGUGUGAGUGUGCGCACGUGUAGAUUUUAUUUUUUAUUAUUGUUUAUCAGUUUUAUGUCCCGAGUCAGAUAACACUCUGAGUCCAGACACACACUCCGUCGCUGUCAUUGUGGAUCUCUUGAUUUCAGUUGUCUGACUCUUGCUGUUAUCGAAGUGUGUAUUUGUGUUUGAGCGAGUUGAAUUGAUGAAACUAUUUUAAAGCAUUCUUUUUUCUCUUAAUUUCUUUUCUAAGUUAAGCUCUAUAAACGUGUAUAGUUAUAUAUUUAAAUGAGAUUACAUGGAUAAAAAAAAAGAGAGAAGUGUGUUUUAGCAUCAAAGGGAGUUUGUGACCGGAUUAUGCAUGUGCUGACUUUGAGGUGUGGAAGUAUAUGUGAGUGUGUGUGUGUGUGUGUGUGUGUGUGUGCGCUUGCUUACUUAUGUGCUUAUUGUAUGUUAUGCAUACAUACCAGUGAUGCACAAGUGUACAUAAUCGGUAUAUAGUUCACCUGUUUUUGCACCACCUCCUGCUAUUGUGCUGGUUUGCCCUUUCGUCCUUCCAUGCUGUAUGUAAACACACUCGCUCGCUCUCUCUCACACACACACACACACACACACACACACACACACGUGAGUCAUCCUCUUAAAGGAUUUCACUGAACACUACUGCUGCCAUCUCCAGAAUAUCUCCUACAGCCAUCUUUAUCAAUGCUGCAGGACACACACACACACACACACACACACACCACACACCUGCCUCUUUGACCGCCUGAGGUCUAAGCCUUCAGCUUUUUCCCCUCAGACACAUUUUAAUGCAACCUGUCCUGUUAAAACACACACAAAAACACAAACACACAAACAGAGUGGUCGUAAGCAUAGCACACACACUGUUAAAUGGCUGUUUAAAUGUUGGUUUUGUGUUUUCACAUCCUUGGUCAGGGUUAUGUCUGUACUGUACGUGUGUAUGUGAGUAUAUGAACCACCAUGUAGCUCUGUAUGUGUGUGUGUGUGUGUGUAUACAUGUUAAACUCUUUUCAACCGGAACCUUCCAUCUGACACUCAUGACCGAGAUGACAAAACAUGCUUGAGAGAGGCAGUGUAACGUUACAACAGCUCGGUAACCAUGGGCAACAGGCGGUAUAAGUAAUCGAUGUCUAGAAACUAAGAGGGGUUGCCCUCGCACUUCAGGCUGGUGUUAAGCUCUCGUUAAAGAGCAGCACUUCUUGUCUUUUAACCCCACCUGCAUUUUAAAACAUGUCCGUGUAGUGUCCGUUCAGUCCAGAGACGCAGUUUAUGUAGUCGUUUUUUGUGUGUGUGUGUGUUUGUGUGUGAGUGGGAAUGUAUGUAUGUGUGUGUGUGUGUGUGCGCUGUUGGGAACAUUUCUCUUUACAUAUCAGCACUAUACCACCUCUUCAUGGCCCCGACCCUGUUGUUGAAGGUCAUUUCUUUUGUUGCAGUCUGUUUUAAAAAAAUUGUGUGCUUUCUUCUGUGGUUUUUCAUUUCGAAAUUGUAGUUGUUUUUUUGUUUUUCUUUAUCGCUCUGGUUUUUUCUUUCUUUAAUUGUUCUUGCGCUGUGGGGACUUGCGCUGCCUUGCUUGGCCACGUUAGAGUAGCGCAUUGGCAAACAAACAAUCCUACACUUCAAUCACAGGGUCCUUCUUCCUGAGCUGUGAGUGGCCAGGAAAGGUCAGAUCAGCUACACAACACAGGAAGAACAAGACAGGCAUCCUACAUAGAGUUAAGCAGAUUUGGCCCAUAGGCUGGUCUCAAGCUGAUCCACAUUUGGAAAGGCAUUGGUGUUGGAUUUGGUGAAGGGAGGGGAUAAGAGAGAAGAAUCUAGGAGACACUAAUUUGGGUUAGAUUUCCCUAAUUGAUAAACUUUUACAUUUUUCUCUAUCUCUCUAAAGCAAUGAAGCUUUAGGAGGUGACCAGUUUGGCCCAUUCUGAGACUUAUAUUGACGCAAGAAAAAGAAGGGUGUUGGGAGGUGAUUUAUCUUACAAAAAAAAGAAAAAAACAACAACUGAAGAAAACAUGAAAUAUGCAGUGCCGCCAAACGGAAAGAAAUAUGCAUGUCUACUUUCUUGCUAAAAAUUGAUCUCCAAUGUCAGUGUUUACGCAAUAUUUUAGAAAAAACUCAGAAGAUGAGGGAUAAUAAAAUAAUAAAAUAAUAUCUCUUCUAGUUGCAUCUCUGGUAUGAGUCCACUCCGGUUGGAGACACUGAUAGAUGAGUUAUCACAUUUUAAGAAUAUUAAAAAUAAGAAAAAAAAUAUUGCCUUAGCUUGGUAUGCGCCCCUCCAGUUUAGUGACUAUAUUGCAUUGUAAUGGUUAUACUAUCGGGCUACGUAUAUACUCGGAGUUUCAAAAUGGAUGCUGGAUUUUUUUGUUCCUUUUCAGAUAUUUUUUUUGCAUGAUCAUUACAUUUAAUAAAAACCAUGACUUGACAACUAUCAAGUGUUUGUCUGAAUGUUAGUUGGUCUUCAUAAUAAUAGCUUUGUUAUUACUGACACUUGACCUUAAAAAAAAAGUAUUUAAUAAAAAUGAACAUUUCAGCAA